UAACACCAGCAACGUCUUCAUCAAAUCUGACGCUAACACCUUACGUCGCCCAAAACGAUCGCAGUACGGAGACGCCUUCCUUGGAAAAGAAACAUUCUUUGUCGUUGCCCUCGUAGACUCGUCUUUCCAAAACAGUGCACCACGUCUCGCCAUGUCACCCAACCUGUGGACGUAUGAAGACCGCCCCAUAGUGGUGUACCUGGAAGCGAUAGAUGACGACGAUGACGACGUAACGUUCAGUGUAGAUAGGUCUACUGAGACGUUGCUCAUUGGAGACGUUGACGUUGACCCGAGUGGGAAACUCCAUUACAGGCCAUGCAAGGACUGCUUUGGUCAGGACUACGUAACAGUUGUUGUGAGUGAGAACAGGGAAGAUGGUGAAACGCCGCUUGUCACAAGGGAGACGCUCUCCAUUGAUGUCCUGGCUCUCGAAGACAACCCUGACGUUUUUGCAGUAAAGAACGGGGAGAAGAAAAACAGUACACGUGAUUCCGUUACAGUUACACUGGAGGAGAACACAGCCCAAAGAGUAGACCAAUCCAAGUACGACGUACUCGUCUUUGGUGCUGACGUAGACACGCAUGAUGUCUUGUCCCUAGUUUUUCAUAACCCAAGCAAUGGCACUUUGAUCACUUCAAAGAUGUUCCGAAACAUCACCUUCCUGCAUGACAACACCAACAACCGUACCGCGGUAGUAGAUGGAGCUAACUUUGCCAAUGAGUCUACUAUGAAGGAUGUGUUUAUUCCCUACCCGCAGAAUCUCCUGAUGCCUCACCGACCGGAGCAGUACUCCUGGGUAGCUGUAGGCUUCACCUAUAUUCCGGACAUGGACUUCUAUGGACACGAUCAGGUUCGUGUGUAUGCUCAUGACCAGAGUGGCAAAAGGUCCGACGUACUUACAUUUGACGUCUUCGUCCUUGAGAAUCGCUGUAUGCAUGGCGGGCUAUGCACCGGCCCCAGCCACGAUCCCAACUGCACAAGCAUAUGGCGGAGCGUCUCCUUCAGUGGGUAUGAGUGCGCAUGCCGAGACGGUUACUACGGAAGGUACUGUGAGAGCGAUUUCGACGAAUGCUCCUCCAACCCCUGUCCGCAGAACUACACGUGUAUCGACCUCCCGAACGACUUCCUCUGCGAUUGUGGCUCCUCAGCCUGGCCAUGCGCGUCCCAGUCCCUACCGCCAUGGCAGAUCGCCCUCAUCACCAUCCUUUGCCUCGGGGUCACCAUCAUUAUUGUUGCUUGCAUCGCGUGGAAAGCAUCGAAGAAAGCCAAAUACAAGAUUGAGCCACAGCGCAUUUCUGAAGGAGACAUCGAGCUUACCAACAUGCGCAACGAACGACCGAGCGAUCUCGCCCAGCUGAAGCGAAACCCAUGGGUUCAGCCUGAGCUCCCGACCGAGGCACCACAAGCUCCACACUUCCCCCUGAAGGAUCUAAAGGAGACGGGAGCCUACAAGUCACGGGUCAAGAAGAUAGGGAGCCGCGGUGCACGUCACCUGCCUUCCCUGGACUGA